AUUCUCAAAACUUGGGUUGAGAAUUUUUUCAAAAUUAUUUUCUCGCGAGAAUGUUUUCGCGGAUUUUUCUCAUUGUUGGAAGAGGCCUCGAGGAGCUCUUUUAAACAGAAAGGCAAUUUGAUACAAAGAAGAGGGGAUGGGAGGAAUGUAAGGAAGAAAAAUUAUAAUGUAAAAUCCAGAAGCAAGGAGAAGUUAGACAGCUUAAAGAGACCGAAGACAGGAGGUGGACCUCCCCUACCACCCCUUACAGAAGGUGAAGAGACCUUUCUAAGAUUGUCAGCAUCUGAACCAAACAUACAUGGUUUGGAGGGAGGAAUCGACACAGAUGCAAUUUCUCCAGUAUCAACUGUCGAGAAUAUUUCAUCCAAUAUACAUGUACCCGAGAGUACCCAGCAGAUUAAUGCAGGAAAAUCAGUUCAGGAAG